AUGAGUAGAUCUUUUGAUAAUUGGAUUAUAAUUUUAGUUAUUAUAUUUACAAUAAUUGUUUUUGUAUAUUUUGCUAUAGAUACUAGAGAUAAUAAAUAUAAUAAAGAAAUACAAAGUGUUAUAAAAGUAUUUUAAUAUAUUGAAUUAGUUAUAUUGUUUAUUUUUUAAAUUGAAAUUUUUCUGAAAAUGUAUACUUUUUCUAUUCAAGUUUAUUUUAAAGAUAAGUGGUUAUUAGUUGAUAUGAUAAUUAUGGUGGCUUCAAUUGUAAUAUUAGUACUUGAUAUUGUACUUAAUGAUUCUUAAUUUACUACUAUUUCUAAAAUACUUAGAGGUAUAUUUAGAUUUAUGAGACUUUUUUUAGUUUUCAGAAAGGUUAGCUAAUUCAAAGUUAUAUAAAUAACAUCUUCUAAUUCAAGUGUAAAAACUUCAAUGGAAAGAAUUUUAGAAAUAAUGAAUAAUAUAAAAAAAAAUGUUGAUGAUAUAAUUUUAAUUAAAUAAAUUGAUUGGUGCAUAAAAUAAAUAGAAAAUAAUAAAAUUUAUGAUCCAAUAUUUGAAGAUACUGAAGCGGCAAAAUGGGUUAAUAUAUAUGCAAAUACAGAAUAGAAUUCUAAAAAGAAAAAAUAAUAAACAGUACUAGACAAAUAAUUGAAAAAUCAAUUAAAUUCCAAUGCCUAAAAAGCAGAAGACUAAAAAACUUAAUUAGUUAAUUUAUAAUAUCAGUCUAUGAAAGUCCCUGAAGAAUUUUUAAAAUAUUUUGAAACAAUAGAUAAUAUAGACUUUUAGGUUUUCAAAUAUUAUCAAGAACUAAAGAAAAAUAAUUUAGCAUAUUUACUAAUUUAUUUAUUUAAUCGUUAUGAUAUUAAUAACACUGCCAAAAUAGAUCCAAACCACUUGUGGAAUUGGUCAAAUCAUAUAUCUGCUGGAUAUAAAAAUAACCCUUAUCAUAAUAAUGUUCAUGCAUUUGAUGUCACUUAGACAGUACAUUUUUUUAUAUAAAGUUGCGAAUUUAUCUAAGUUGCUGAAUUAAAUUCUUUAGAAAUAGGAAUUAUGUAUAUCGCAGCUGCUGGUCAUGAUUAUGAACAUCCAGGAUUCAAUAAUCCUUUUUUGGUAAACUCUAAAGGAGAGUUGGCAAUUAGUUAUAAUGAUAAAUCACCUUUAGAAAAUCAUCAUUCAUUUUCUGUUUUUUAUUUAAUGACAAAAGAUAACUCUAACUUAUUUACAAAUUUUAGCAAAGAAGAUAAAAAAAAGUCGAGGGAGAGAAUUAUUAAUAUGAUCUUACAUACCGAUAAUGCUGUUCAUUUUUCUGAUUUGGCUAUGUUAAAGGGUAGAUAAUAAGCUUAAGAUUUUAAUCCGAAAAAUAAAGAUAAAGAUAUUUGUAUGAAUGCAUUGCUGCAUGCUGCAGAUAUUUCAAAUCCUUAUAAACCUUGGGAUAUUUGUAAAGUUUGGACAUAAAAAGUUAUGUAAGAAUUCUGGAAUUAAGGAGAUGAAGAAAAAGAAAGAAAUCUUCCUGUAAGUUACUUAUGUGAUAGAUAUACUACUAAUACUGCAAAAUGCUAGAUUGGUUUUAUUGAUUUUGUUGUCUUUCCUUUGUAUGAUACUAUUAAUAAGUUUAUUCCUAAAUUAGAUUUAGGUAAUUUUGCUCUUAAUAAAAAAAAAUGGACUGAACUUAUAGAUUUCUAUGAAGAAGAUCUUAAAAUGAAAAUUGAAUAAUUGGAAAAAGCAGAAAAAAAUUUAUAAAAUUCAAAAGCAUAAUAAUGA